AUGAUCUUAGAUAAGGUUGCUAAUGGGAUUGUUGCUGAAUCUCCAGAAAAGCUGUUGAAUGGAAGCUGGGAUGAAAUUGUAUUAUCUGAUCUGAUUGGCAAAAACUUCACAUUUGGAGUAUAUGUUGAGAAAGAGAAUGUCGCGUAUGGUGCUGAAAUUUAUAAAGUUGGGAAAAUCUAUAAAGAGAGAAUGACUUGCGUUCCUGAUGCAAUAACUCACUGUCAAUCUGAUAAGCAUUUGGAAAUUACUAGUGGUGAUGAGGAUUCUAUCUACUUAAGUGAAAGUCAAGAAACCGCGGAUGCUGUUUCUACACCAUCAAUUAAGAGAAAAGAAGACGAGACUAUUGAUCAGGGUGACCUCAGUUCAACAUCCAAGAAACCAUGCACACGGUCGAUCAAGAUUGAGAUGGUGGAAGAGGCUAAUAAGAAACAAACUCUCUCUCGACUCUUGUCUCAAUUAGGGUUUCGUUUGUUCGUGGAAAAAAAGAAAAGAAUGGUGAAAGGAGGUACGAAGAGGAAGCCUGAGAUGAAGAAGAUCACAAACAAAGCUUCGCGUGCCACAACUUUUUCGAAACGCAGAGACGGUCUCUACAGUAAAGCGGCUCAGCUUUGUGUUCUCUCCGACGCUCAAAUCGCUAUCUUAGCGACACCGUCUUCUUCGAACUCCAACGCUUCUUUCUUCUCGUUUGGUCACUUCUCCGUUGAGUCCGUCGUCUCGGCUUAUCUCUCCGGACAGAGACUUACUCCUGUUUCAUCAUCGCGUGACACGAGAGAAGACCUCGGUAUAUGCAUGGCUCGCAAGGAUCUAGGGUUAGGGUUUUGGUGGGAGGACGACAAGCUUGUCAACUCGAAGAAUCCGAAAGAGCUUAUGGAAGCGAUGGAGUCCAUGGAAGUACUAAUGAGCCAUCUCAAGCGAUUGGAGGAUCAAACCCUAACAACAACGGUCGACGAGGACAAGGUUGAGAUUUCACCUGACUUGGAUGAAUGGAGCGAUAUGGACCUUAAUCAACUCCUCGAAGACUGUGAUGAUGUACCAGUACCACCACCUGUUGUUUGCAACACUGACAAAGAAGACGAGGGUCAGAACGUAUCUGAGAAAACCUGCAACAACAACAGCAACUCUGUCUCAUCAUCAUUACCGGCUGCAGCUGAAAAAAGCUUGGAAGAAGCGACGAUGGAUCUUGAUUUCGAUAGUAUUUUUGAAGGUUUGAUAUCCUAUGAUGAUGAGGAUCUCUUCUGGUCUGAUGAGUUAUUGUCCAUGUAA